CAAGCAGGGCUCCCUCAGCCAACCCUCGCUCACACACACACACAGCCCAGCCUCUGUACAGUCUAGUUCACUUUCUUGGUGCUUUUGGUGCUUAGACAUUUUGCCUUCAUGGAGGACUACCACAAACCCGACCAGCAGACGGUUCAGGCACUCAGGAACAUCGCCAACCGCCUCCGAAUCAACUGCAUCAAGGCUACCACUGCAGCCGGCAGCGGAUACCCCACAUCAUGCUGCAGCAUUGCAGAGAUCAUGUCUGUCCUGUUCUUCAACACAAUGAAGUACCGCCCAGAGGACCCCAAGAACAUCAACAAUGACCGCUUCAUCCUUUCUAAGGGUCAUUCUGCCCCGGCCCUGUACUCCAUGUGGACAGAGACUGGUUUCCUGAAGGAGAGUGAGCUGCUCUCUCUGUGCCAGGUGGAGCCCAACCUGGAGGGACACCCCACACCUUUUCAGAAGCAGCAGUUUGUGGAUGUGGUCACUGGCUCUCUGGGCCAGGGCCUGGGCGUAGCCUGUGGGAUGGCCUACACCGGGAAGUACUUUGACAAGUCCAGCUACCAUGUGUUCUGCCUUUUGGGGGAUGGGGAGCUGUCUGAGGGGGCAGUGUGGGAAGCCAUGUCCUUUGCUUCCUACUACCAGCUGGACAACCUGGUGGCCAUCUUAGAUAUCAACCGCCUGGGCCAGAACGACCCAGCGCCCCUGCAGAACCACGUGGAUAAGUACCAGAAACGCUGCGAGGCCUUUGGUUGGCAUGCCAUCAUCGUGGACGGGCACAGUGUGGAGGAGCUGUGUAAGGCUCUGAGCCAGGCUCGUCACCAGCCUACUGCCAUCAUCGCCAAGACCACCAAGGGCAAGGGAAUCCCAGCUGUGGAGGAUAAGAUGGGCUGGCAUGCCAAGCCCCUGCCCAAGGACAUGGCUGAGGGAGUCGUGAAGGAUCUGCAGACGCGCAUAAUGAACAGCAGCAAGCGCCUGUACCCCACCACGCCCAUAGAGGAUGCCCCGCCAGUCAGUCUGCGCAACGUCCGCAUGCCCAGCGCACCCGCCUACAAGCAGGGAGAGAAGAUUUCCACCAGGAAGGCCUAUGGCAUGGCCCUGGCUAAAUUGGGUCGUUAUAAUGAGCGUGUGGUGGUCCUGGAUGGAGACACCAACAACUUCACUUACUCAGAGAUCUUCAAGAACGAACACCCCGACCGCUUUGUGGAGUGCUACAUCGCGCAGCAGAACAUGGUGAGUGUUGCCACUGGCUGCGCUGCCCGUGAGAGGAACGUUGUGUACGCCAGCACCCUGGCCUCCUUCUUCACCCGCGCCUACGACCAGCUCCGCAUGGCUGCCAUCUCAGAGAGCAACAUCAACCUGUGUGGCUCCCACUGCGGCCUGUCCAUCGGAGAGGAAGGGCCGUCUCAGAUGGGUCUAGAGGACAUGGCCAUGUUUAGGGCCAUCCCCAUGGCAACCAUCUUCUACCCCAGCGAUGGUGUGUCUAUUGAGAAGGCAGUGGAGCUGGCCGCCAGCACAAAGGGUGUUUGCUACAUCAGAACCAGCCGCCCCGAGAACCCCAUCAUCUACAGCAGCAACGAGGACUUCCAUGUUGGACAGGCUAAGGUGGUGUACCAGAGCACGGAGGACAAGGUGACCGUGAUCGGAGCUGGGAUCACCCUGCAUGAGGCCAUGGCUGCAGCUGAGAUGCUCAAGAAAGAGAGGAUCUUCAUCAGGGUGAUCGACCCGUUCACCAUCAAACCCCUGGACUCCAAGACCAUCAUUGAGCAUGCCCGCCAGACCAGGGGCCGGAUCCUCACCGUGGAGGACCACUACUACGAAGGUGGCCUGGGGGAGGCAGUGUGCUCAGCGGUGGUGAAUGAGCAGGGCUUCACCCUGCAGCGUCUGGCAGUGGCCCACGUCCCCCGCAGUGGCAAGCCCAGCGAGCUGCUCAAGAUCUACGGCAUCGACCGCGAAGCCAUUUGCCUGGCCAUCAGGAAGAUGCUCAGUGGCUCUGCCAACGCCAAGUAGCUCCACCCCUUCCUGCCUAAGCUAUGCCCCACCCAGCCCAGCCCCCAUUCUACCACCCCUGAGAUAAACAGAGAAAUUUUUCCAUGUCACAUGACACCACCCAUGCCUGAUAAACCCGCCCCCUCACUGUGAAAGCCCCACCCCCUAUGUGUUUCCUAAAGUAACGUGAGUUCGUGCUGUAUGUACAUUUUGAAGUAACAGUCACACAUUUCACUUUUUUUCCCUCACACACACAACCCCACUCCCACUUCCUAGUAAUCAUGGGUCAUUCCAGGGUCAAGGGGUCAACUUCAGAAAUUAAAGUGCGAGGUCGUCAAUGAUCCUCAAACCCGGCUGGAAGGUGUAGAUGGACAUUCUGCAAACCAUACAAUCCAAUAAAGACUAUGCAUGUUGUGACUCAAUGCAGGUACCUUUAUUUGAUGCUCAUGUGUUU